UAGUACGGCGCGCGUGGCUCUCAGCGCGCGAUAUAAAGCCACCGCUGAGUGACAGCGCGCGCGUGAAAAGCCUCUGUCCUUGUUUCUAAGAGGACUUACGCCGCAGUCACUCCAGGCAGCAAGACCAGCGACCAUCUCCCAUGACAUCUUAAUGAAAUAUGACUGUGCUUCACUCCUUGACUGGAUUAAUGCCUAUGUAACCGUUCCUUUGCUGUCCCUCCCUUAUCUGUGUCCAAGUUUAAAGCCUAUUCUGUGGUCAUGGGGUCUAUAGUGUCAUUUUUGCCUAGGCUAAAGGUCUAAAGCGGAUACCAAGUGGAUCUAUGUUCCUUACAGACAAAAGAAACAGCGCAGGGAAAUUAGUGGAAGUUUGAGAUAAGGGAGGAUGCGGGCGACGUGUUGGUGUGCCGUGUUUCUCCUCACUCCGGCUGUCUACCUGGUUUCAAGUGCCCACGGUUCUAUCCCGGGGAAGUCGGAGCUGCUCAAAUCAGGGAGCCCCAAGUCAACGCUAAAGCAUAUAUGGACAGAAAGCAGUAAGGACUUAUCCAUCAGUCGACUUCUAUCUCAGACUCUCCACGGGAAGGAAAACGCAACAGCCCUGGACCUGCACUAUGACACUCCAGAGCCUUACUCAGAGCAGGACCUGUGGGACUGGCUGAGGAAUACCACGGACCUGCAGGACUCCAAGCCUCGAGCCAAGCGGCGGCCGAUGGUCAAGACGGGCAAGUUCAAGAAGAUGUUCGGCUGGGGCGAUUUCCACUCCAACAUCAAAACGGUCAAGCUCAACCUCCUGAUCACCGGAAAGAUCGUCGAUCACGGCAAUGGCACAUUCAGUGUCUUCUUCCGCCAUAACUCCACGGGCCAGGGCAACGUGUCCGUCAGCCUGGUCCCGCCCAGCAAAAUCGUUGAGUUUGAUUUGAUGGCCCAGCAGUCGGUCAUCGACUCCAAGGAUUCCAAGUCCUUCAACUGCCGCAUCGAGUACGAGAAGGUAGAGAGGGGCUCCAAGAACACGCUCUGCAACUUCGACCCGUCCAAGACAUGCUACCAGGAGCAGACGCAAAGCCACGUAUCCUGGCUCUGCUCGAAGCCCUUCAAAGUCAUUUGCAUUUACAUCUCCUUCUACAGCACCGACUACAAGCUAGUGCAGAAAGUCUGCCCAGAUUAUAACUACCACAGCGAUACUCCUUACUUCCCUUCUGGCUGAGAGUAGCCACUUAAGUCUCCCACGCGAAGGACAACGAGAGGCAAGGAUGGAGCUCUCUCCCCAUCCACAACAAAUACAUGUUCCCCGUACCGCCCAUACCAUGCGCUCAUGGCCCGGAUCUAUUCAAACGACUUGCAAAGAGAAGAAUUUGGCUAUUUGCACAAGUACCACAUGAAAA